CUCGCUUUCACCCCUCAUGUUCAGGAGGAAUCUUGGACGUUUACUCUCUAGGCAAUCACUAUCCCAUGCACCGAAACAGAAUCGAAAUUUUUCGGCGACAGUAUCACAGUUGAACACCAAUCGAGUCGACAGGGACGAUCCGGAAACCAAAGACUUUCGCCCCUCAUGGGUCUACCAGACGUCCAGGCUCGUGUCGUAUCUUCUGAUACCAGGGACUGCUCUCUAUUUCAUUUUAAUAUAUGACCACGGUGACCAUGAACACGUAUUUCAACCAAUUCGUCGAUGGGUAGCGCGCCAGAAGGCCUCUUUCUUCACUCUUUCUCCCGAAGAAGAAAAGUUGAUGAAGUCGCCCCAAUCUGCGUCCAAAUCUUCCAGUUAAUAAGGAUUUGGACUUCUCAAAUUGCGCUGGAAAUGUCACGUCU